UCUUCCACCUCUAGCUCACAAUGUUUAGAGAUUUUGGCAUUAAUUUUUACAACUGACCUAAAAUAGGAAAUCCAGCCUAGAUCUGUUCUAAUCCCACGCGUUGCCAGCCUACAUGGACAGUGUGGACUAGUGGACUUCCAGUUUCCUAUAUUCAGCCAACUUCUGUCUUUUCCUGUUAUGAUCUUUGUUUAUUAUGUGAUAAUUCACACGGCGCACAACUGAGAGCGACACAACAGAAGAACACCCCAAGGCCAGCGGCAGGAGGAUCCGAGAAGAGGCCGCCAAAGUCCACGUCAACGUUCGGGACGACGGGGUGUUGAUGAUACGGAUAUAAUAUAUAAUUUUACACGCACAAACAAGAGCCCACCCACACCACACCCCGUGGUAGACCGCAGAAUGUAUUGCUUACAAUGUCUGCUGCCCGUACUGCUGAUACCGAAGCCCACAAACCCGGCGCUAAUGGAGACGCAUGUGAUGUUUAUAGUUCUAUACCUAGUUGGAUUCUUUUUGGAACGCAAGCCCUGCACGAUUUGCAGUCUGGUCUUCCUCACGGCAGUCUCACUGAUCUGCUACAGCGGCGUCGGAAACUGUAUCUUCUGGGGCAACUGUGAGGGUCACCAGUGCGAGAAUGGUUAAGGGGAUCCUCCUGCCAUCCUUAUCUUGAUCCAAGCCCUAUAGUCGUAGUCGAAGGGAGAGGACAGGGGACAUGUGCUAAUUAUCGUAAAUACCAUAAUAUUGAGUUACGUUAGCGUUGUUACAGCUUUACAUCCUAGAAACAAAACAAAAAUAUAUUUUAAUCGAGAAGGAUAAUCGGGAACGCAGAAAGAAAUGGGAUAAGGAAACUUGACUAAAUCGAAAAUCAGUGAUACAAGUGAUGAGUGAGUCCGACCAGGAACAAAAGUGUGUGUAGAAAUCCGUAUUUUGUUUCCUUAAGCAGCCCAUAACUCAUUUGGUUAUGUAUAAUGUGUGUUUUGUUUUAAAAGCUUAGACGAAUUUAGUUUUUACGAAACGCUACGAAAAUGUAUUGUAUAUCGCCCCACCCAAGCCCUAUAAAAGAAAAAAAUCAACAGCCCUAUUUAACCCACUCGUCAAUGCAACUAACGAUUAGUCAUACAUAUAUGUUAAUUUACCUAAAUAUACAAUUAUAUUGUAAUUAUAAUUGUAAAGAGGGAACUACUUCUGACAUCGGUUGUUUCCCUGACUUGUGCACAUGCAAAAACUGUACAUAUAACUUACACUGAUCAAAAUAUAAAUUAUAUACAUAAACUGUAAACGAGAGACGAGCAAAAAAGAUAAUGUAUAAACGAUAAAUGCGUAAAAAAACCAUUUACUAUAAAUAUUGUUCGAUUUUUGCGAAUUUGUAUGAUUUGAGCCGAAAACAAAACGAAAGAAUGUCUAAAGGCACAAAAAAUAAACUUUAAACAAUGCUACGAA